CCUGAACACAUCACAAUCGCGAUAACCGCUGCUGACGUAAGACCUGCGUACGCCGGUCGUUACAGAGGAAGCCGGCUCACUACUUCCUCCCAACUUACACCCGACCGGAGGCUCUGAAGACCCCCCCAAAAAACCCUCUCUGGACCACCUCCCUGCUGGCGAUUUACACAGCGACGCUCCACUUCAACAAUCGAGAUGUCGUCUUCUUCGUACGAGGAGAAUGAGUCCAAGUUCAUGCAAAAAGCAAAGGAGAAUCCAUUCGUCCCAAUAGGAAUGGCCGGCUUCUUUGCCAUUGUGGCGUACAGACUCAUGAAAAUGAAAAGUCGGGGGGACACAAAAAUGUCCGUUCACCUGAUCCACAUGCGUGUAGGCGCUCAAGGCUUUGUGGUGGGAGCCAUUACUGUUGGGGUCCUGUAUUCAAUGUACAACGACUAUAUCUUAAAGCCCAGAGAACAACAGAAAGCAGUGGCAGACAAGUGAACAUGGACCCUUAUGCAUCUUAAUAUUAAAAAGGAUCUAUUUUUUUAGAUACUUUGUGUCUGCACACGUCCCCUAAGCAGCUUGGUAUAACUUAUUGGUUACACUUCUUAUCCUUUAGGUACUAUACCAGAGGUGUGUGUGUGUGUGUGUGUGUGUGUGUGUGUGUGUGUGUUGCUGUGAGCCAGGUGGUGUGACUGAUUGGUUUGUUGGUGCCUAUUUGAGUAAGAUAUCAAAAACUAGAACAUGUAGCACGUCAUUUUGAAAACAGUUUGACUCGCCUAAGACCAGGUUUUUAAAAAUAUCCACCAGUGGCCGGUUUUUAUUUUGUGUCACAGCGAUAUAUUAUUUAAUGUAAAGAUGUUUUGCCAACAUGGAAAAGACUUGCAAAGGGCAUCCCAGUGGUUUGAGGAUGAAGAUAUGAAAGGCUCUGACAACACGUAAUAAAUACAUUUGCGAUUUCCUUUUUAUAGCCUUUACACUUCUUCUUUUCUCCUCAUAUUUGUAUAAUUUAUCUUGUGGCACACAUGGGUCCAAUACAAGUCUCCAUGACACGUAUGAGAUGCACCCAGGUAGACCUGUAGACUGUGCAAUAACCUUAAUAUCAUAUAGCUUACUUUAUGAAAUGCUUAAGAAAAUAUGCCUUGUUAAGUUAUUCACAAAUUACUGUUGUUGUGUGCAAAAUACAGGACAUGUUCAUUUUUGAAAAUUUCUUUGUAUUGUUUUCUUUUUCUUCGUGUCGUAAUUUUGAAUUUUGUUGUGUGUGUUUUUUGAAACUUCCCCGAAUUGCACUACAAAUAUGUGUUUUGACUGUUGAAGCAAUGGUGACAGUUUAUUAUGUGUGUAUAUAAAUAUAUAUACAUAUAUAUGUGUAUGUGUUUGUACACAUAGCUUAAAACUAAUACAGUCCAAAACUAAAGCCUCCAUAAUCACUUGAAACGGGUAAACAUAAAAACAUUACUCUAUUACGGUUUUAAAUUAUUUAAAUACUAAAGUGUACUUAAGUGUAGAGUUUAUUAUCAAUUAUUUUUCUUGUAUGUCCAGAAAUUCCAAACAAUAAAACCAUAACACAUUU